GAUGAAGACAGAUGACGAGUUGUUCUUGAGCUGCUUUGAGCUUAAGAUGUUGUUUGGAUCUCAAAGGUUGAUUUCUUUCUAAUUUAGUUGAUGGUUUGUUUUUCUCUUCUGCUAUCAGUGUAUAAAGAAGUGUUUUAGAAGAAUAAAAAAGCCCCAGGAAACCCCCCGAAAGAACAGAGGAAUUAUAAAAACAGUGAAGAGAAAAUUGGAUAUUCCAUAAACAUCAUCAUCCAUUUCUAUCCAAAAGUGUGUCUCCCUCUUCUCUGUCUGUUUUUCUCUUUUUUUCCUCUUCUCCUUUUUUUUCUCUCUCUUGAUUCAGCUUCAAAAUGAUGAGCUCUAAUUCAAUGUUUUUAUUUGUUAACGUGAAACCAAAUCAACGAGAAAAUCUCAUGAGUCAAAGCAUGUAUGUUAUAUCACCUCGACGGAAAAAACAUCCCGAAUUAACUCCAGUUCCACCCAGAGAUCAGCGUGAUGGUUUACGUGGUGAUUAUUUUUCUUCUUUUAGUACAAGCCGAUCAAGAGACUCAAUAAAUUGUAAAUUAAAUGAUAUUGGUUCUAAUGAGGUAAAACUGACCGGACCAAAGAGAGCUGUCAGUAUGACUCGACUCGAUCAAUUGGCUAAGCCAAGACAACGAUAUCUAGAGGAAUCUCUUAGAUUAAGAAGUCUGGCAUCUUCUCGACUUGGUCCUUUAUCACCGACUCGGCCAACAUCAUCGAUGUCUGGCCUUUCAGAACAAUCGGCUAAUUCCUCUCUAGUUGUUAGGAGACCGAAGACUAGUCGUAAACCAAGGCCAUUCAGUAUAGCUGGUUGUGUUCCAGAUAAUCGUAGGUCAACUACAUACGAAGGUAGUGGACAGGUUAAUUAUAGAACACCUUUAAUUAAUAGAGAAAUGACCAGCUCUCUGAUAGUGACAUCAACCACCUCAGCAACUACACCACCAGGAUUAUCAUCAUCAACAGCUUCUUUAUCAUCAAGUGUUCAUCAGCAGAGGCCAAAUCGUGCACGAAGUGUAGGAUCUAAACAUCGUGCUCCACUUGAAGGAAUGGAUAAUAAAUUAAAUAAUAAUAACGAUAAUCUAGUUAAACCAGCACCUCCGCGUAAACCAGCACAUGUUAAAGCUGCUGCUGCCGCUCGUCGUAAUGCAAAUAAGACACCCUCGCAACAACAACAACAACAACAAGGUGCUAAUUUAUCAUUUGAAAAAGAAUCACCUAAUGCCAAUGAAAUGAAUGAAUUAAGUGAUAAAAGUUGUCCCAACACCACAACAAUAGUAAAGGAUAACUCUGUAAACAAGGAAAAGAUACCAACAAAUAAAGUUACCAUAAUCAACCUAAACUCAACCAGUAACAAUGUAAAAUCAUCUGAAGAGGAAUCUGAAGUGACUACAGAAAGUGAAACAUCAAUGAAUCAAGGAAGCUCAAUGGGAAGUAGUUGCUCUAUCAGCAAUAAGAAAGAAAUAAGCGAAGAAGAAUAUAAAAAGAUUUUGGCCGAGAAACGACGUUUGGCUAGAGAACAAGCUGAACGAGAAGCCGAAGCGGAAAGGAAACGUUUAGAAGAAGCUGCUCAAUUGGAAGCCGAAUUACUUGCAGCCGAAGAAGAAAGAAUGAGAGCCGAAGAAGAGGAGCAAAUUCGCCUUGCAGAAGAACACAGGAAAAUGCAAGAAGAGAAAUUACGCCAAGCCAUGGAAGAGCAAAGACGAAGAGAGGAAGAAGAACGAAAACGCCGUGAAGAGGAAUUACGGCUGAAACAAGAAAGAGAAGAACAAGAAAUUAAAGCUAAAGAGGAAGCUGAAAAAGCAAGACUUGAACUGGAGGAAAGGUUAAGAAAAGAUGAAGAGGAAAGGAUUCAGCGUAAAAAGAGAGUUGAAGCAAUAAUGAGUCGAACUCGUAAAGCUCAAGGAAAUAAGACAAAUUUUCCCAAUUCUGAUGGAUCUCGGACACCCGAUUCAAACGAUGCCAGUCCAGUCCGAAGUAUUGAUGAAUCAAAUGGAGUCUCAUUUAAUAAUAAUCAAGGAAUUUAUCUGGAUGUCCUUUGAAAAUGGAGAUGAAUUAGAAGACGCCAAAAAAGAAAACAAUUUAAAAACAAUCAAAUCAAUUAAGGAAAAAUAUUAAACAAAAACAAACGGAAAAAUACCAUCACCAUUAUCAUCAUCGACAUCAUUAAGAUUAUUAAUAUCACCAUCAUCCCAGAACCAUUAUGAUUAUACCACCAACAUGAAACCCCCAAGAAAACAACAACAACACUACAAGACACAAGAAGAAAUCAGCAACAAUUGACAAUUACAAUUAACAUGGAUUUUCCUUUGUUUUGUUUGGACCGAGAUAAUUUGAUCAAUUAUGUUUUCGGAUGAAACACUUACUAUUAGUUUCUCUGUCUCUUUACUAUCAUCUUUCUCUUUCUCUUUCUCUCCUCUGUCUCUUUUUAUUCUUUUGUUUUCAAAAUCAUCUUCUUAAUCCUCUUUGUGCUGUUCUAAUCACAAUUCAUUUCGGACGCCAUGUUUUUCUCUAUCACCGGAUGAUCUUUAUUCAAAUGAUCAUCACUGAGUUGAUAAUAUUUUCCUUCUCUGGCCAUAAGACUCUGGGUUCAUUUGGACGUAUCCAUUGUUCAAACGUUUAACCAAAGAGAUCUUUCUUUGUCUUCAUCAUCAUUUAUCAUCUUCUCUUGUCUUACCAUUUUUAACCUUUAUUCCUCCAUCACUCUCUCACUAUCUUAUUCAAGAGACUACGUUUCAAGACUUCGAGAGUUUUUUUUAAUUUUACUCCAUAAGAAGCUUUUUCUGUUUCCUUUUCCUUUUUUUUCUUCCUCUUUUAUUUGUCUUUUUACCACCAACACCAUUGUCAUCUUUUAUCUUCUUCGAACUAUCCUUUUCUUUUUUCGAGUGUAUUUCAUCCUGUUCGUCUUUUUCUUCUAGUAGUGAUGAUGUACAUUCAACUCUCUUGUCCUUAGCCAAGAGAAGUCUCUUAGUUGCCAACUUUACCAUUUUUAGAGAUGAUCAAAACCGUUAGUAGGAAGUUUGUAAAAAGUAAAUAAUAGAGUGGAAACGGAAAGAGAGCCUUUUGAAAAAAAUAUAAAAUCUCCAUUCGAACCCGAAUCCGAAUGAAAGUUUUGUUUCAUCUAUUGACAAACAAAAAACACGAUAAUUUAAAAAUUGUACGAAUAAAAAUAAACUAUGAAAAAAAAUACAAGUAACAAUAAAGUUACUAAAUAUGAAUCCCGUUAA